AGCUAAUUUUUAAGCAGACAACCCUCGCUGCAAGGCUCUGCCUUCCUCCGGAGUCCAGGCAGCCCCAGCCAAUCUCUCCAGUCUCUCACAUGAUGAGAGGAAAGACUGAGAGCGAGUGACCUCACUAGUAUGCAGCCAUCCCACGAAAAACACACACACGAGGCAGGUAGCAGGGCAAGUGAGCGGGAGUGCUUGGCUGGGCUGGGCUCGAGCGUGGCAUGCAUUAACUCUGUUCUGACUACUACUACAGAGGAGGAAUGAGGGAGGAAGGCAGAAGAUAAGAAACAACAUAAACAAAAGCAAGCAACAGGGCUGAUCAAAUGAAAAAGGAAGAGGCCCCGGCUGGACCGGCAGUUCCUUCGGCGCUUUCUGAAUAUCCAAGUGAUUUUAUUUCCUAAAUUCUCCUCCCAGAAUGUGUUGAUGUUUCUGACCUUGCUGAUAGUUGCCUUGUUGGCUGGUCAUUUACCAAGUGGGAGUGAUCCCCAGCCAGUAUUAUGCAGUUCUAGGAAACAAAGACCUUUCUGGAUUCCAGAAAGUGACUGCAGUCGCUCUGAUGCUAAUUGUGUUGAACUCUGUGGAACCGAAGAAGAUGGUGUCUGGCUCACCUUAAAUAUCAACCACACAGUAGUUGAGGCAGGGCGUGGACGUCUCGAGGAGCUGCGGCAUUCUACCUGCGAAAAUCCUGCACAGGCGCAGUACCCAUUCUUAUGGAUGUCAAUGGAUCAAUACCACAUCAUUAGUUACAGCUGAAGAGCUUUGACCAGUUCAUCUGCAACCUGAUGUACGUGAGCUGGAGGAAGACACUCACUGAAUACCUCCAUGGCUACUACUUUCAUGGCCAGGUGUAUUAUACUUUGAAUGUGCUACACGAGGAGAUUGAUAAUCCAGACCAGCGAAUCAGUCAGGAUGUGGAAAGAUUCUGCAAACAGCUGAGCUCCAUGGCCAGUAAGCUGAUUGUCUCUCCCUUCACACUUGCAUACUACACUUAUCAGUGUUUUCACAGCACUGGCUGGUUGGGCCCAGUGAGUAUCUUUGGUUAUUUUAUCAUUGGGACCAUUGUCAACAAGAUCCUUAUGAGCCCCAUUGUUUCAAAACUGGUGCACCAGGAGAAGCUGGAGGGUGACUUCAGAUUUAAGCACAUGCAGCUACGAGUGAAUGCAGAAUCUGCUGCUUUCUACAGAGCUGGUCAAGUAGAACACAUGCGAACCAACCGCAGGCUGCAAACUCUGCUGCAGACACAGAAGGAGCUGAUGGGCAAAGAACUGUGGCUGUACAUGGGGAUCAACACUUUUGACUAUCUGGGCAGCAUCCUGAGUUAUGUGGUGAUUGCUGUUCCCAUCUUCAGUGGAGUCUAUGGUGACCUGGAUCCUGCAGAACUGAGCUCCUUGGUCAGCAAGAAUGCCUUUGUCUCCAUAUACCUGAUUAACUGCUUUAGCCAGCUCAUAGAUCUCUCCACCACUGUUUCUGAUGUAGCUGGCUAUACACACAGAAUUGGAGAGUUGCAGGAGACCCUGUUGAAACUUUCCAAGAAACAAAAAGACUGUGAAUGGCAGGCCAAAUGGAACUACAAUGAUGUUUCGAAAGAGGAGAUGAGCAAAAGCAGCACAGCUUUCCUCCUGGAGCAAGUCUCUCUCUCUGCCCCUUCUGAGAAGCUGCUCAUCAAGGACCUAAAUCUGAAAAUCACCAAAGGCAACAGCCUACUGAUUACUGGGAACACAGGCACAGGGAAGACAUCAUUGUUGCGUCUUCUUGGCGGCCUCUGGGAGAACAAGCAAGGGGAUGUCCACAUGCUGACUUGCUUUGGCCCCCAUGGUGUGGUGAUCUUGCCACAGCGGCCUUUCUUCACAGAUGGGACCCUGCGUGAACAGGUGAUAUACCCUCUGAAGGAGAUCUAUCCAGCUUCAGGGUCUGCCGAUGAUGAAAGAAUACUACGAUUCCUGGACCUGGCUGGGCUGUCUGAUUUGCUAGUGAGGACAGGAGGUUUGGACCAGCCAGUGGACUGGAACUGGUACGAUAUUUUGUCUCCAGGGGAGAUGCAGAGACUAUCCUUUGCCCGCCUCUUCUAUCUCCAGCCCCAAUAUGCAGUACUGGAUGAAGCAACCAGUGCACUGACAGAAGAUGCAGAGAACGAGCUGUACAAGAUCUGCACACAGCUGGGGAUGACUCUAGUCAGUGUGGGACAUCGCAGCAGCCUAGAAAAGUUUCACAGUUGGAUUUUGAAAUUGUGUGGAGAAGGAAAAUGGGAGCAAAUGCGAAUUAAAAAAGACUGAGCCCCUCCACAACUUAUCAUGGACAUCAACAAAAAGGCAGUUGACGCCUUUGAUGAUACGUUACCAAAGUGCCUUGGAAUCAACAUGCCUUAAGGGAAGCAUGGAAAAUAAGGCAUAUGGGGCCAAAAGACCUCCAGCUUUUACUGAAGGAAUGUGAGGAGGGACACUCAGGGAAGGCUAAGUUUUUAACAUCUUGUUGCCUUAAUUGUCUCCAGUCCAUUGUUCUGACCACUGUGUUGUCCCACUGAAGGUUUCACCCAGGGACAGAAAAUGGUCUCUUCUUCCGUCCUUGAAUCUCCUUUUAAAGUGAAAGUAACUGUGAUGGUGUUGAAGCUUUGCAGCAGAGAACUGGUUGGAGCUCUACUACUGGCCUGACACACACCCCAGGAUCAGUGAAUAUGGCAUGAUCUCUUCUGGCCUGAGCCUCAGGACCUGUAUUUGUUUCAGGCUUAGAGAUUUAGCCUCUUUGGGCAGAAGCCUCCGAAAAUCAAGACCACAUCUCUGCUUUGCUCAGAAGGUCUACUCUUAGUUGUCAACAGAUGAGUAAACCCAGCCCAGUGCUGUUCCAGUUUCUGCUGUUGGUGUCUACCUUGUGAGCCCUUUGGGGACAGGGAAUCAUCCUUUUAUUCUUUUUCUAUGUCAACUACUUUUAGAACAUUUUUUUAAAGCAGUAUGUUAAAAUAAAAGAUAUUAUUGUU